AUAUUUGGUAUUAUAUUAAAAUUAAUUGAAAUAAAUUUUAACCAAAUGGAAGUAAUAAAACAAGAAAUCAGUGAGGAGACGUGUGGAGUAAAAAUAGAGAAUAAUAUAUUGGAUGAUGCUCUUUUGGAUAACUUUAAAUAUGAAAUUAAGAAAGAAUCCAAUGUAGAAAGUACAGAUUAUGCUUUGAAGGAAUUUCCAAUAAAGACUGAAAUAGAACAGGAUGGAAAUACAGUUACCUGUUUUAAAGAAAAACAAAAAACCACAGAAAGUUUUGCGUGGAAGGAGAACAAAAUGGAAAUCAUGGAGACAUUUUCUGAGCAUUCAUCCCAUAAAGGACCCUAUAUGAGUCUACGUACAGAAGGAAAUAAAAAUGUAAAAUUUCAGCGACCUUACAAUUGUGAAAUUUGUUUUAAGCAGUUUAGCAAAGCAAGCAGUUUAAAAACACAUUUAAGAGUGCACACUGGAGAGAAACCUCACAAGUGUAAAAUUUGUUUUAAACAGUUUAGCCAAGCAGGUUCUUUGAAAAUACAUUUGAGAGGGCACACUGGAGAAAAACCUCACAAGUGUGAAAUUUGUUUUAAACAGUUUAUUCGAAGAGAUUUUUUGAAAAAUCAUUUGAGAACACAUACUGGAGACAAACCUCAUAAGUGUGAAAUUUGCUUCAAGAAUUUUUCCGAAACAUAUAGAUUGAAAAAACAUUUGGUGGUGCACACAGGAGAAAAACCUUACAAGUGUGAAAUUUGUUUUAAGCAGUUUUUUGUGAACAGUAGUUUGAAAUCACAUUUGAAAUUGCACACUGGACAACAACUUCACAAGUGUGAAAUUUGUUGUAAGCAGUUUACUAGAGCUAAUAUUUUGAAAAGUCAUUUAAGAACACACACUGGAGAAAAACCUUAUAAGUGUGAAAUUUGUUUCAAGAAUUUUUCCGAGUCAUCUAGAUUGAAAAGACAUUUGAUGGUACACACCGGAGAAAAACCUUACAAGUGCGAAAUUUGUUGUAAACAGUUUAGCCAAUCAGAUUCUUUGAAAACACAUUUGGUAGUGCACACUGGCGAAAAACCUCACAAGUGUGAAAUUUGUUUUAAGCAAUUUUCUCUGAAGAGUAACUUGAAAUUGCAUUUGAGAUUGCACACUGAAGAACAAUCUUACACCUGUAAAAUUUGUUUUAAACGGUUUAUCCAAGCAAGCUAUUUGAAAAUACAUUUGAGAGCGCACACUGGAGAAAAACCUCAUAAAUGUGAAAUUUGUUCCAAGGCUUUUUCCGAAAGGUCUAAAUUGAAAAGACAUUUGGUGAUACACUCUGGAGAAAAACAUCACAAGUGUGAAAUUUGUUCCAAGGCUUUUUCCGAAAGUUCUAAAUUGAAAAGACAUUUGGUGAUACACUCUGGAGAAAAACAUCACAAGUGUGAAAUUUGUUUUAAGCAGUUUUCUGUAAAAUGUCAUUUGAAAUCACAUUUAAGAGUACACACAGACAAAACCUCUAACCCUAUCCUUCACGGCGUCCACAAAUGAGCCUACGUGCUCAGUUGUACGAAAUUGUAAUAGUAUGAGUGUAUGCUUAAGUUGUCCACGUUAGAGGAUCUCUAAAUAUUCCGUAUUCUUGCAUUAGACCCAAUCUGUCGGCAAGUAGAAGAAAUUUUCGCAAAAGUUUUAGUAAGGUUCUGGUCACUAUGCAGACAUCUAUACCGCGCAAAGAACAGUAAUUUAUUUUUAGACUCGGUGACUCACCCACACUUUGUAAAAAUUAUAUGUUUGAAAAGGUGCAUUUUUGUGGAAUACUUAGUCGCAAGUGCAAUAAAUUGAUUUUUUACUUUUUA